UUGGCACACUGUCAAUCGCUCACUACCGCUGCCAUCAAACAACAUAAAACACACACAGGCAAGAGGCUGGAGCUCAUAAAUUUCAGCAGGGCAAGAUAUUUUUUUGCGCAUCGCCUUUUACGCACAGCGCUGUGUCCUAAUUAAUUUCCUUCGUCUCGCUGUUGCUGUUUUCUGUUUUCUUUUUUCUAAAAACAGAAAUCUCCCAACUUUUUUUAUUGCACAUUUCAUAUUUUUAUAGCCGCCUUGUAUGCAGCGAGAAUGUGUAUUUUUCUAAAUGCUGCCGGAGUGAUUUCUGCACGUUUAUAGUUGGCAACACCUGCAAAGCCUAAGAUUUUUUUUCUUAUUUGUUUCUCCAACAUUGGAUAUUUUUUUUUGUUGCCGGUGCUACACGAGGAGGAUUUGGACAUUUUUUUUCCUUUUUUCCUGGAAGAGGAAAUGCGACCGGGAUCCCUCGAAGAAGAAGAGCGCAAAUAAAUGAGAGAUCAGCCGAAAGGAGCGUUCCUGUGUGCAGCUGCCGUCAAACCCCAGAGAAACACACAGACCGGCGUGAGGAUUGCUGCGGGAAGCGAUGGACCGUCAGUUCUGACAAAGAAGUUUUAACAAGAAGAAGAAGACGCAAAUACGAGAUUGAUGCGUUUCUCUACUAACACAACCGCGCGUUUUGGCACUUAUUUGGACCGCGCGUAAAGAGAAAAAAAAAAAGAGGACAGCGAGAACUUGGACACAAGAUUUACGCGAAAAACAUCCCUGCUGUAGUCUUCAUUUAGAACAAGAAAGCGUGUGCGCUCCUGUUCCGGUGAAGAAGCCCCGCAAGCCGCGCACAUCCCUCCAGUCUGCGGCACAUGUUGUAGCCCAUUUCGUAUAUGAGUUUUUCAAUUUGCGUGGCUCAGUGCACAGACUCUUUAGCGGCUAGUAUGGACGAUCAAGCCCGGAUCAUGCAGUCGAUCGGCGGCGUGAGUCUGGCCGGCCACUCGGUACAGGGAGGCAUGGUGCUGCCUCCCCACGGACACGACGGGUCGGACGGGGACGGAAGAAAACAAGACAUUGGUGACAUUCUCCAUCAAAUCAUGACCAUAACUGAUCAGAGUCUGGACGAGGCGCAAGCAAAGAAACAUGGACUGAACUGUCACAGAAUGAAACCAGCACUCUUCAGCGUUCUCUGUGAAAUCAAAGAAAAGACAGGUCUCAGCAUCCGCGGUGCCCAGGAGGAGGACCCCCCCGACCCCCAGCUCAUGCGCUUAGACAACAUGCUGCUGGCGGAGGGCGUGGCGGGACCGGAGAAAGGAGGCGGGUCCGCCGCCGCCGCAGCAGCAGCCGCGGCCUCGGGCGGAGCGGCCGACAACUCCAUCGAACAUUCCGACUACAGAGCCAAACUCACCCAGAUCAGACAGAUUUAUCACACAGAGCUGGAGAAAUACGAACAGGCGUGUAAUGAAUUCACCACACAUGUGAUGAACCUGCUGAGGGAACAGUCGCGCACGCGGCCCAUCUCUCCCAAAGAGAUCGAGCGCAUGGUGGGAAUCAUCCACCGCAAGUUCAGCUCCAUCCAGAUGCAACUGAAGCAGAGCACCUGUGAGGCUGUCAUGAUCCUGCGCUCCAGAUUCCUUGAUGCCAGGCGGAAAAGGAGAAACUUCAGCAAGCAGGCGACGGAAAUUCUGAACGAGUAUUUCUACUCGCACCUCAGCAACCCAUAUCCCAGCGAGGAGGCUAAGGAGGAGCUGGCCAAGAAGUGCAGCAUCACAGUUUCCCAGGGGGUGGGAAGCACCAUCACAGUAUCACAGGUGUCCAACUGGUUUGGCAACAAAAGGAUCCGGUACAAGAAAAAUAUCGGCAAGUUUCAGGAAGAGGCCAACCUGUAUGCCGCCAAGACUGCUGUAAAUGCGGCACACGCCGCAGCCACUGCAGUGCAGAACAGCCAGGCCAACUCCCCUACCACACCUAACUCCGGUUCUUCAGGUUCUUUUAACCUCCCAAACUAUGGGGACAUGUUCUUGAGCAUGCAGAGUCUGAAUGGGGAUUCUUACCAAGGGGCACAAGUCGGAGCCAAUGUACAGUCACAGGUGGAUACCCUGCGCCAUGUUAUCAGUCAGACGGCAGGAUACAAUGAUGCUCUUCGGGGAAACACCAUGUACUUAAAUGCUAAUGGGGGAUGGCAAGAUGCAGCGACGCCGUCUUCUGUAAUCUCCCCGACAGAAGGACCUGGAAGUGUGCACUCCGAUACCUCGAAUUGAUCCGCCAUUAAUGCAUCUCCUCCUCAACCCGGGCAUGGACUCUUUUACUGGCUGAUCCAACAGCAGAGGAUAUUUGAAAAAAAAAUCACGACAGAUUUGUUUUCCUUUACCUUAAAAAAUGUUCCAGCACCACGCCACACGAACAGCGUCCUCCGUCACAGACACCAAGUGAUUCCUGAUUGUUGAUCCGUGUUUUUCUUUCUGCCUCCAUAAGUCAACCAUGCCCUUAUUUGAUUGUCACAGGAGUAAGCACACACAAAUGUAUAAAUAAAGAACAGCCCUCAGAUGUUACUCAGCAAACUUUCUCUGCUCUGAACUCAAAUUACUGGAGGACACUUGUGUAUUUAAGAUGACAUUUUAAAACGGCCAUUUGUUUGAUUCUUGAUUCAAUUACACCUCUCCAUUUUGAUGAUUGCUUUCUCUUUGCGUUCUUACAGUACGUAGAUCUAAGCAGCUGUUUUCUUUGACUGUAAUGUGCUCCACAUCUUGUCCAGCAACUCAACAAUGCUAAUGUUGACAGCUCAAUGGCAGCUUUGUAGUUGCGUUCAAGAUUUAUUUUCGCCUUACAGCCCUAUACAUUAGUACCAGAGAAUGACUAUUCAAACUCUGGAACAUAAAGAAGUGUAAUUGAUUGCUUGAUUAUAACAUGACACCAUUCCAUAUUUUAUGAUUUGAUGUUUAGUAUGUACAUAUGUAAACAUUUUUUUGUACUGCUUAUGGAAAUCAACAAAUCCCCCCCCAACGGUAGAUCAUUCCUUCAUGGCACAGGAGCAGGCCCCCAUUACGCAGGAAAAGUUGUACAUAACAUAGCUAAAGAGUAAUUAUACAUCCCAUCCGUCAAUCCGCAGCUUUAUUACCUCAUUCAAAUUCACACACACCAAUAAUUUCCAACUUUUCUGUAGCUUAGAGUGCUCACUUACUACCUCUAAACAAAAAAUCACCACAUCAUCCUUUCUUUUGUCCUUAUUUAAUGUUUUUAUGUAGUUAUUUUUGAUGACAUCUUGUAACACUGUAAACUCUAUCAUUCUCUAUGUAAUCUAAUGUAUAUUUUAAUCUUUUAAUAAAAUACUGUUGCGGUACUGCAGCUUAAAAAGACAAAAAUAUAAAAAAUGAAAAUGAUAACAAUAUUAAUACCGUGAAGAAGAGAUGUGGGGAGGGUGUGUGGGGGGAGGGGGGGGAGCGAGGUUACUGGUUUGUGGCUUUGACGACGGGGGUGCGAUGAACAUUGUUGAUAAAUUAACGCCAAACAGUGAAACUGUUGUAAAUACUAAAGAAAAAAAAACAUUUUGAAUGUUGCUCAUCUUGUUACUAAAUCAUGCAAAAAAAAAGAAAAAAAUCCCUAUAAAAACUGUAAUGCAUAGAGGUUUCAGUAUUCAGAACUGUACAUUUCAAGCUCUGUUCAACAGGGUGCAAGACUUCUUUUCUCUCUUUUCUAUUGUAUGUGAUUCUGAAACUGAAAAGUCAUGACAGAUGAUUUGUGGCAGUGAUUCUAAUGUAUUAAAGAUGUUUAGUGUUACUUUCUAACCAGACUACGCCCUGGACUGAAAAGUCUUCCUUGUGGUAGUUGUGUAAUUUCAAACAUGAAUAAACCUUUUGCUUUCAUGACAGCAA